AUGGGGACAGGGCAACGCAGCCAGUCCUUGCGGGAGCGACGGCGCUCCUACGGCAAGCUCCAGGAGCCCUGGGGGAAGCCUGUGGAGGGCCAGCUGCGCCGGGCGCUGAGCCUCAGACAGGAUCGUGGGAAGUCCAGAUCCUCAGAGGGAGGCCCAGAAAGGCUGGACUCUGCUGAUCAGGAGCGGCAGCCGGGAGGCCUGGGGGACACGGAGCAGCUGAUCCAGGCUCAGCGAGGAGGCAGCAGGCGGUGGCUGAGGCAAUAUCAACAGCAGGUGAGGAGACGGUGGGAGAGCUUCGUUGCCAGCUUCCCGAAUGUGACCCUGAACCGGCCGACCUCCUCGGAGCCCCCUCUGGGCACCACCAGCUAA